AAGCGGCUGGCCGGGGUCCGCGCGCGUCCGGCGAGGGCGCGGGCGGCGAGGGGCUGCUGCCGUGUGCGGGCAGCCAUCCCUGCGCGGAGAAAGUCGGCCGCGGGGACUUGCUCCUGGAUGCCGCCAGUCUCAACAAUGAACGACCGGGACACGGAGGUGCUGCCCUUGCCGCCGCGGUACCGAUUCCGUGACCUGCUUCUGGGCGACCAGCCGUUCCCGAAUGACGAUAGGCUUCAUGUGGAGGAUUUCAGCCUGGACUCUUCCCUCUCUCAGGUCCAGGUGGAAUUCUAUGUCAAUGAGAACACCUGCAAAGAGCGGCUCAAGCUGUUCUUCAUCAAAAACCAAAGAUCCAGCCUGAGGAUCCGGCUGUUCAACUUCUCCCUCAAGCUGCUCACCUGCCUGCUGUACAUCGUCCGUGUCCUGCUCGACAACCCAGACCAGGGCAUCGGAUGCUGGGGCUGCACGAAGUAUAACUACACUUUCAAUGGCUCAUCCUCCGAGUUCCACUGGGCUCCCAUCCUGUGGGUGGAGAGGAAGAUGACUUUGUGGGUGAUUCAGGUCAUUGUGGCCACAAUAAGCUUCUUAGAGACCAUGCUCCUCAUUUACCUCAGCUACAAGGGCAACAUCUGGGAGCAGGUCUUCCAUGUUCCUUUCGUCCUGGAGAUGAUCAACACGCUGCCCUUCAUCAUCACGGUCUUCUGGCCGCCUCUUCGGAACCUGUUCAUCCCCGUGUUUCUCAACUGCUGGCUGGCCAAGCACGCGCUGGAGAACAUGAUCAAUGACUUCCACCGUGCCAUCCUGCGCACGCAGUCAGCCAUGUUCAACCAGGUGCUCAUCCUCUUCUGUACCCUGCUGUGUCUCGUCUUCACGGGGACCUGUGGAAUCCAGCACCUGGAGCGGGCAGGUGGGAACUUGAACCUGCUGACUUCCUUCUACUUCUGCAUCGUCACUUUUUCAACUGUGGGCUUCGGUGAUGUGACACCCAAGAUCUGGCCAUCCCAGCUGCUGGUGGUCAUCCUGAUCUGUGUGACCCUUGUGGUACUCCCGCUGCAGUUUGAAGAGCUUGUCUACCUCUGGAUGGAACGGCAGAAGUCAGGGGGUAACUACAGCCGCCACCGAGCACAGACGGAAAAACAUGUGGUCCUGUGUGUUAGCUCCCUCAAGAUUGACCUCCUCAUGGAUUUCCUGAAUGAGUUCUAUGCCCAUCCCCGUCUCCAGGACUACUACGUGGUCAUCCUGUGUCCCUCCGAAAUGGAUGUCCAGGUGCGCAGGGUACUGCAGAUUCCCCUGUGGUCCCAGCGGGUCAUCUACCUCCAGGGCUCUGCCCUCAAGGACCAGGACCUCAUGCGAGCCAAGAUGGACAACGGAGAGGCCUGCUUUAUCCUCAGCAGCAGGAACGAGGUGGACCGCACAGCUGCGGAUCACCAGACCAUUCUUCGAGCCUGGGCUGUGAAGGACUUUGCCCCCAACUGUCCCCUCUACGUCCAGAUCCUCAAGCCCGAAAACAAGUUUCACGUCAAAUUUGCUGACCACGUGGUAUGCGAGGAGGAAUGCAAGUACGCCAUGCUGGCCCUGAACUGCAUCUGCCCGGCCACCUCCACCCUCAUCACCCUGCUGGUGCACACGUCCCGUGGCCAGGAAGGACAGGAAUCUCCAGAGCAGUGGCAGCGCAUGUAUGGGCGCUGCUCGGGCAAUGAGGUGUACCACAUCCGCAUGGGCGACAGCAAAUUCUUCCGGGAGUAUGAGGGCAAGAGCUUCACCUACGCAGCCUUCCACGCACACAAGAAGUAUGGCGUGUGCCUCAUUGGGAUGAAACGUGAGGACAACAAGAGUAUCCUGCUGAACCCAGGGCCACGGCACAUCCUGGCCGCCUCCGACACCUGCUUCUACAUCAACAUUACCAAGGAGGAGAACUCGGCCUUCAUCUUCAAGCAGGAGGAGAAGCAGAAGAGGCGGGGUCUUGCAGGGCAGGCACUGUAUGAGGGGCCAUCCCGUCUGCCAGUGCAUAGCAUCAUUGCCUCUAUGGGGACAGUGGCCAUGGACCUGCAGAACACAGACUGCCGGCCCUCCCAGGGUGGCGGUGGUGGUGGCGGCAGCGGCGGUGGCAGCUGCAAGCUGACUCUGCCCACGGAGAAUGGCUCUGGUAGUCGGCGCCCCAGCAUCGCACCAGUCCUGGAGCUGGCAGACAGCUCAGCCCUGUUGCCCUGCGACCUGCUAAGUGACCAGUCAGAGGACGAGGUGACACCCUCAGACGACGAGGGGCUCUCUGUGGUUGAGUACGUGAAGGGCUACCCCCCCAACUCACCCUACAUUGGCAGCUCCCCAACCUUAUGCCACCUCCUGCCUGUGAAAGCUCCCUUCUGCUGCCUGCGGCUGGACAAGGGCUGCAAACACAACAGCUAUGAAGAUGCCAAGGCCUAUGGGUUCAAGAACAAACUGAUUAUCGUCUCUGCUGAGACGGCGGGCAACGGGCUCUACAACUUCAUCGUGCCGCUGCGUGCCUACUAUCGGUCUCGCCGGGAACUCAACCCCAUUGUGCUGCUGCUUGACAACAAACCUGACCACCACUUCCUGGAGGCUAUCUGCUGCUUUCCCAUGGUCUACUACAUGGAGGGCUCCGUGGACAACCUGGACAGCCUGUUGCAGUGCGGAAUCAUCUAUGCCGACAACCUGGUGGUGGUAGACAAGGAGAGCACCAUGAGCGCCGAAGAGGACUACAUGGCAGAUGCUAAGACCAUUGUCAAUGUUCAGACCAUGUUUCGGCUCUUCCCCAGCCUCAGCAUCACCACAGAGCUUACCCAUCCUUCCAACAUGCGGUUUAUGCAGUUCCGUGCCAAGGACAGCUACUCUCUGGCUCUUUCCAAACUGGAAAAGCAAGAACGGGAGAAUGGCUCCAACCUGGCCUUCAUGUUCCGCCUGCCAUUUGCUGCUGGUCGAGUAUUUAGUAUCAGCAUGUUGGAUACACUGCUCUACCAGUCCUUCGUGAAAGACUACAUGAUCACCAUCACCAGGCUGCUGCUGGGCCUUGACACGACCCCAGGCUCCGGCUACCUCUGCGCCAUGAAGGUAACCGAGGAUGACCUGUGGAUCCGAACUUACGGCCGCCUCUUCCAGAAACUCUGUUCCUCCAGUGCUGAGAUCCCCAUCGGCAUCUACAGGACUGAGUGCCAUGUCUUCUCCUCUGAGCCCCAUGACCUGAGAGCCCAGUCCCAGAUCUCAGUCAACAUGGAGGACCGUGAGGACACUCGGGAGGCCAAGGGGCCCUGGGGCACACGCGCUGCCUCCGGCAGUGGCAGCACCCACGGCCGCCACGGGGGCAGUGCUGAUCCAGCGGAGCACCCCCUACUGCGCCGCAAGAGCCUCCAGUGGGCCCGCAAGCUGAGUCGAAAGAGCAGCAAGCAGGCGGGGAAGGCCCCUGCAGCCACAGAGUGGAUCACACAGCAGCGGCUCAGCCUCUACCGGCGUUCAGAGCGCCAGGAGCUCUCAGAGCUGGUCAAGAACCGGAUGAAACACCUGGGGCUGCCCACCACGGGCUACGAGGACGUAGCAAAUUUAACAGCCAGUGAUGUGAUGAAUCGGGUAAACCUGGGAUAUUUGCAAGACGAGAUGAACGACCAUCACCAGAACACCCUCUCCUAUGUACUCAUCAACCCCCCGCCAGACACGAGGCUGGAGCCCAAUGACAUUGUGUACCUCAUCCGCUCCGACCCCCUGGCCCACGUGGGCAGCAGCUCCCAGAGUCGGAAGAGCAGCUGCAGCAACAAGCUCUCAUCCUGUAAUCCUGAGACCCGGGAUGAGACACAGCUCUGAGCAGCCACAAAGCCCAUGUGGGGACAGACAGGCGGACACAGAGAGAGCAUUGUCACACGCUGGCUUGGCCCAAGCAAGCUAUGACUAUACAAUGGCUCCAAGACUUGUCCCCCAGGAAGGAAAUUCUCUUGGUGGGGCCAGUCAUGAGACCACUGGACUACCCUUGAAACUGGCAGGAGGCACUUUUUAACCUAUUUUUACAAAUAUGUAUGAUUUGCAUCUCUUUACAAAGCUGUACCACAACUCGUGACUUGGGUCUGGCCAAAGUAGGAGGCUAGCAGCAGAGAAGGAACUGAGCAGGGACUGGACACGACCCCAGGUCCCACCCUCCUGCAUGGCUUCACUCAGUAAUUUCUGAAGGGGCUCUGGGGUGCAUGGGAGAAGGAAAGACCUGCAACUGGGGAGUCCCACAUGGAACUGGGGAGACCCCUGCAUGGAGGCCAGCUCUAGCCGCCCAACGUACUAUUCUGAGCUUCUGCAUGGUUCUGAGACUAUACCAGGGCCUAUGGGCUGCCUCUCCCCAGAACCAGGCAAGGGGCCAGCAGUAACGGUGCCGUGCCUGCUCUUUAAGUGGAGGAGAACAGAGGGGCUUGUCAGGGGGCCCAUCCUGAACCUGAGCUCUGCAGCCCCUGGCAUGGGGUGGGGGAAGGGGCUGCUGGUGGGUCCUCACAGUCCUGUGGUCGGCCAUGGCUAUGGAGGGAGCCCUGCAGCUGUGGUUAUGGAGGUCAGAUGAUGUUUCCAGCUACCACACUGAGCUCCCCCAGCCACGGAGCUUGGGGACCCAGAAUCUGCAAAUGAUGCAUCCCCAUGGACCAUUUCACACACUCAAAGCAAAGUCUCGUCUCUAAACACCUGAUCUGAGAAGCACAAUAAGCUCUGGGCUCUGGGCAUGUCUCAGGUCUCCAGGGAUUGCUCCAGGCAGCUAACUUCAGUCUUGUUUGUGGUUUGUAUGGUUGGAACUGGAACCUUCUAUUAAAAUGGAUUUAUCCUGCAGGCAUGCAUGGAACAAGGUGACCCAUCAAGGCUCCAGGACACGGGGUCUGGAAGACAUCCGAGGCUCACCUGUUUUAGGGUUAGAAUCGCCUCCUUUAUUUCCCUCCCCAGACUUCACAGACCAGCCCCGAACCUCUGGCCUGGCCAACAUGGCCUUCUCAAAACAGUAAUAAAUCUUCUGUAGCUAUGGGUGACUGGGUCUGGGAAGCUGCCAGGGUGUGCAUGAGUCAAGUCCAGAGGACCCUCUGGCUAGCUGACAGUCAACCUCCCUCUAUGGUCCAGCAUGCCCUGAAGGUAGAAACAGCUCACCUAAGGCCCCAGACUCCUGGAAAUCCAUCCUCACCCCACCCUGGGGAGGAAGGUGCCUUUGAUGUCACUAUGUAAACCUCUGCCAUGUGCUUUUUGGGUGUCCUGAAAGGCUGAGGUGAAGGGAUGACCAAAGGGCCAAGUUCUCCCAGGUGGAGCAGAUGGACCCUCCAGUGGGUGGGCUCUAAAGGGCAAGGCAGUUGCUAUAACCUGCCUGAUAGGGUGCCUAGACCAAGUCUUCACUGCCCAUGGCCUGCCUGCAAACCCAGCCUUCCUACUCUGCCUGUCUGGGAUCCACAUGCUCAGAAAGUAUACAUAAGCCCUAGUGAGGAGUACUGAAACAGUUCUUACAGUUAGCUGUCAGGACUCAGGGAGGUUGUUUGGGGGCCUAGGUGGAGAAGCAAGUAGUUUACCCUGGACUGGCGUGUCCAGAACUCACCUAGGGCCUAUUGGUGGCCAUCACUCUGUAGCAGGAGGGGUCUGACCCAGUACCCACACUCCAUCUCCCUGCCCAGCCACCUGCCUGGCUGCUGAGCCCAGAGACACAGACUCUUACUGGUCUCCAUCUAGAUGGGGCUACAGCCUUCAAGCCUAUGCUGGAAGAGCUGCCACCUCUGGGGCACCUUGGGGAACCACCUGACCCAUAUUUGGAUCAGGGUGCUUACUCUCCUGUGCACCUGAAGCGUGGGAACACAUUUCCAGUCUCUCGGUAUGUGUGUG